AUGGCACCACGACAGGAACAUUCUACAGUCGCUAUUUCAUCAACCACCUUAGCGAUUUUGGGUGGCAUUAUCCCUACUGGCUCUGAGUUCUCGACAACAGAUAUUAUGCAACUGUACGAUAUUCCCUCAGACACCUGGACUUCGGCUUCAUCACUUCCCAUCCCGAUCAAUCACUCAAACGCUGGAGUGGUCGACAGCAAGAUAUUUGUCCUGGGGGCCUUGCAGGUCUCACCCGAAGGUGAAGGAAUUGACGGCUCGUGGCAGGCAAUUGGUGCCGGCUGGGUCUAUGAUAUAUCCACUGAUACUUGGGAGGUUCUGGCGCCCCUCCCUGACGGCACAGAAAGAGGUGCUGCGGCUGUUGGAGUUCACAACAAGAUCAUCUACUUGGCCGGUGGUAUGCGGUCGCUUGACCUCUCCCCAGACGGAGAGCAAGACACUGUUGACACGGUGUCUGCCUUCGACACUGUGUCGGGUACUUGGCAACCCUUGCCAGACGCGGCCGGCCGAAUUCCAGAAGGAAGAGAUCACGCUGGUGGCGCUGUGGUGGGCGACGUUUUUUACGUUCUAGGCGGGCGGUUCCGAGGGCAGAACAACACUAAGGAUACUGUCUUCUCUUUAGACCUUGGCAACAUGGACGCAGGUUGGCAGCCGAUGAAGCUGCCUCGGCAUGGAACUUCUGCGGUCGCAGUUGGGGAGCGUAUCUACAUUCCCGGUGGCGGCUUGACUCAGGGCGCUGACCCGGUCAAUGUGACUGACGUCUACCUCUCGGGUGUUGAAGCUGUGACUAUUGCAGGAGCCCAGGAGUUCUCGAGUUCUGGCUUGUAG